GGUAAACUAACGGGACUCACUGAGGGGCUGUGACAGAGGCCACUGUUUGAGUGUUUGCGGUAGUUACCGGUGUACCUGAGUUGCAGACAUCGGUGUUAAGCAAAGCAAGAACAGAGCUCUCUUUGUCGUGGUUAUUUCCACCUACAACUAAAACCUGAAGAUUCAGAAAUAGAGAAUGAGCAUUAUGCGAGGACGGGGAAAUCAGGUUCAGUUUCCCAAAUGAGCAGUAUGUUCUCGGAAUCCCUAGGAUUGAGGGAUAUUAUCAGGUGGACGUUUUGGACGUGAAGACGUUGUGAUGGUCAAACACAUUUGUACUGUGCAUCAUCAUUUUUGAUUUCUUUUGUUGCUGCUUUAUUAUUUAAGCAGUCUCUAAAGGCAGCGGAUCUUCCAUAACAGCAUCUAGAAAUGGGCGCUGUUAAGAAUUUGAUUUGCAAAACAAGGAUAUUGCUGCUGAUAGCCGUGUGCGUAAUGAUUGUAGGUUGGAUUGGAUACCUUUAUAAUGGAGAUGAAGAACGCUUCAUGUCAAAACCUGAGACUCGGUUACAUAACUUUUGGAAGUAUUCCUCAACUGAGAAGGACCCAACUUUAUUUGCUUUGGAAGCAUCAAAAAAAGACUCGGACAUGAAGACGUGUCCUGCUUUAUCCCCUUAUCUCCAGGGUGCUGUACCACCGUCAUUUGAGGCCACCUUAACAUUUGAAGAAAUAAAAAGAAAGUACCCCUCAGUUGUACACGGUCGCUUUCAUCCAGAGACCUGUCGGGCACAACAAAGAGUGGCCAUUUUGAUCCCACACCGGAAUCGUGAGAAACACCUGCUUUACCUCUUGGAUCACUUACAUCCUUUCCUGCAAAGACAGCAGUUGGACUAUGGAAUAUACUUGAUUCACCAGGCUGGUAAUGCAAAAUUUAACCGUGCUAAGCUGCUUAAUGUAGGGUACAUGGAGGCUUUAAAGGAAGAGAAAUGGGAUUGUUUUAUAUUCCAUGAUGUGGAUCUUGUUCCGGAGAAUGAUUUCAACCUUUAUCUAUGUGACAGUGAGCCCAAACAUCUUGUAGUGGGCAGGAACGUGACAGGAUAUAGGUUACUGUAUAAAGGGUAUUUCGGGGGAGUGACUGCAUUGACAACAGACCAGGUUGCCAAGGUGAAUGGAUACUCCAAUAACUACUGGGGCUGGGGAGGAGAAGAUGACGAUCUGAGAGUCAGGGUUACCUUACAAAAUAUGAAAGUGGUUCGGCCUUCGCCUGAUGUAGCCAAAUACACAAUGAUAUUCCACACCAGGGACAGUGGGAAUGAGGUCAACAAGAAGAGGAUGGAGCUCCUGCGUAAAGUUUCCAAGGUCUGGAAGACGGAUGGACUAAAUUCCUGUGUCUACAAACUGCUCUCACUUGAACACAACCCUUUGUACAUCAAUAUCACAGUGGACAUAGGAGGUCCAGAUUCCUAGCAUUACCUCAUUCACUUGGACCAAUUCAGGGAAAGCUGUAGUGACCUGCUGUGCAGUCACACACUCUGGCAGUGAAACCUGAGGGCCUCAAAAUGGAACUAGUAGCUAAUUGGACUUUGGUUCUGACAAAUAAUCAGUUUUCAGAUCCAUCCUUUUGAGGGAAAGCAUACACAAACGUGAUGCAGACAUAUACUUUUUAGUUUUAAUUCUCUUGACCUUUUAUCUUCAGAUCAGAGAGAAUAAUUCCUUAAUUGUUUGAAAAGAUGUAUUUUAUAAUUGUGCAAUACUAUGUAUUAUUAAUGAAUAUGCAUCGGACACCAGACCCGGCCACAGGACUAUGUUUUGCGUAUAUUCUUCAAGAUUAUGGGUCGAUAUGGAAGAAGAAAUUAUUUUGUAGGGUUAUUGCUUCUUGAAGCAUAUGUAAAAACAAUCAGCUUUGAUAAAGAUAUUUUGAGUUUUGUAUAUAUAUGGACCACAUUAUAUAUUUCUACAAAUAAAUUGUGUCUGCCAGCUAGAUUCAUACUUUUAGCAGUAGACAAACCACACUUUAAAAAAAUAAUAUAAAAAUAAAUGUCCUACGCACUCAUUAAAUGGUUAAAUAUAUGAUUAGAACUAGGCAAGGUACAAAUGAGUGACCAAGCAAAAUCAAAAUGGUACACAGUAUGGAUGCACAUCUUGAGAGAAAAAAACAAUGAAUAAACGGUAUUACAUAAACAA